UUUUUAUGAAAAAAAAGAGUAAAUCCCCAAAUGACGGUCAAUUCCAUUCGGUUUAACAAUGAAAAUGGAUUCACUAAUGAAACAUUCUAUGGAUUCAUUCUGAUAAUUGCCAUGCGUAUUGAUUCUUGUGUUGGUUUGUUUGUUUGUUUGUUUGGAGGUCGGUUGAUCCAUUCGAGGCAUUAUAACUUAUCAUCAUAUACGAUGAGUGAUUAGCAAAAGUCAAAUUUGGUGAUGAAAAAAUGCUGUGCCUUCAAUUGAUAAGGCCCUAUAAAUGGUGGUCAGAUUUGUUUUUUUCCAAUCACCAUGAUCGAUAUAAUCGUCAACGACAAAAAUCGGACAAACAGACUAUCAAACGUGGUCAUUAUCGUUAUGGAUUAAAUCAAAUGCCUGAAUAUCUUCGUUUUAAUCAAUGGAUAUUGACUGGCUAUCGUUCACCAAAUCUAUCGACAAUAGAAUGUGUUCAAUCUGUGUGCCUAAUUCAUAAUGAAACGGUCAAUAUUAUGACACAUGUAAUACCAAUCGUAUAUAUUGUAUUCAAUUAUCAUACCAUGUUUGGCCCGCAUCUAUUCCGUUCAUAUCUAACAUAUUUUCAUCUAAUCAGCUGUCUAUCAUCAUGGAUCGGUUCAUUGUGUUAUCACAUAUUUAUGAAUCAUCAUUGUGGAUCGAAAAUUUAUCGUCAUCUACUUAAAGUAGACAUGUUAGGCAUUUGGAUCACGCAAACAUUCGGUGCAUUGACUACUAUUCAGGCUUCAUUUAUAAUGUUUGAUGAAUCGAUACGCUAUCAAUCGGUCAUUAUAUAUUUGAUGAUCAGCAUAUUUGCUCUAUACAAAGGUCUAACAGCAUCAAAAGCAUGGCAACGACCAGCUAGUUUUGCAUUACUUGUUACAAUACGGGUAAUAUGUUUUAUAGUUCGUAUACAAACACAUCAAUACAAUGUUAAGCACCCUCAUCAUUAUCACAACCAUCCAAGUCAUUUUGUUAACGAUAACAACACAAACAAUCAAAUAUCAUCAAUAAUAACGAUCAUAUCAAAAAAUCAACAUGUAAUUGGACAAGAAAUAUGGCCAAUAAUUGGUGCAAUCAUUGCUGUAACACGGAUACCGGAAAGAUUUUUUCCAGGAAAAUUUGAUUACUUCCUAAAUAGCCAUAAUAUAAUGCAUUGUUUGGUCGUAUUGGGUGGUAUUCAUAUGCAUUGGUCAUUUAUUGAUGAUAUCGAAUUUUUCAUCUAGAAAAAAAAAUUAUUACCACACAUUCACACCACACACACA